AUGUCAGCGGCUUCAUCUGAUAUCAACAGCACAGUAUCGAAAGUCAAGGGAUCAGUUGAUGAUCAAUCAGUAACUGAUCAAGAAUCAGGGUUGAGAUACGCUGCAUAUGCCAACAGAUUUAGAACCAUAUUGUUGGCAUCUCACAGAUACGUGGCCUACACUUCAGAUAUAGGUGAAUCAUUUAGACCAGUGGCACAUCCAUAUUUGGUCAAGACUGGGUACGCUGUGUCUUGGCUCUAUAUUAUUGGAGAUGUUUCGUAUGCGUCUUGGAUCACGAAGAUGAAGAGUGAGGGAAGAUACAUUCCAGGUUUAAAGCCUUGGAAUAAGCAACCCCAACCAGAUUUGGUUGCAGCUGAAACAUUCAAGCAAACUCAUAGCUUAGUUGAUUCCGAUUGGAGAUUGAGUGCUUUGAAGCGAGGAAUAUUUCAAAGUGUUGCUUCGAUGGGAUUGCCAGCGUUCACCAUUCACAGUGCUGUUCGUUACUCAUCAUACAUUUUCAAAAACUCAGGAAAUAAGACAUUGAAAACCUAUGGUCCCGUAGCCAUCGGAUUGGGAAUUGUACCCUUGUUGCCUUAUGUUUUUGACGAACCAGUUGAACAUGUUGUUGACUGGGUGUUUGACAAGGGUGAAAAAUUGUACGUUAGGGAGAAACUAACCUAA